AUGAAGUCCGGCUGCUUCCGAAUGUUUGAUGAACCAAUAAGAUUUUCGAUGCUCUUCCGUUCUACUCUGCGAAUGAUAUCUACCCUCCGGAGACCACGGUCGAUCAUCUAUCAAGGCACCCUCUUCACUGUCUGCGUCAUCUGCAAGGCGCUCAUCUCUUUGAGACUCCAGACACCCGGCACGCCCCCACCUUGUGCCUUGCACCUCUUACGAUGUCGGUUCAAUGACGACUUCGUCCCAAAUCUAUUCUCGCAGCCACCAAUGCAACGAAUUUCUCGGUCAGAGUCGCGAAAAAGGAUGACAUGGGAAGCUGACUCUCUAGAUUGUGCUUUGCGGUAA